GAGCUAGCCGCGAUUGAUUCGUUUAAGUUGAACGAGUGCUUCAUCUACAUCUUUAUUCAACGAUACCUGUUUUUAGUUUCCUGUGUCGCCAUUUUGAAACCAAUUCUACAAACGUCACAAAAGGGUAUUCCAUGGCCAAAGAGAAAUCGCCAUGGCAACUGCGCCCAAGCGACCUGGAAUCGUUCGUGUCCGCGCACUUACGGCAAUCUGAUAGUUUCGUAGAAGAACUACAGAGGGCGCUACACAAAGUGGUAACAUACGUCAAAGCGAAUGUUUCAUUUUCUGUAUCCAGAUAUGUUGUGGGUGGCGAUCUCACCGGAGGUACUAGCGCCCUCAACGAGGAAGCCGAGUUCCAACUCGCCCUCUUCGUUUCCGAAUUCCGCAGCAUUGAUGAUUACCACAAACGACUCUCGGUUGUGGUGACCCAGACACGUGACCUGCUGAGCGCUGAGGGCGCCCUUCGUUCGGUGAUGGUUAGGGAGCCAGACAGUGUGACAGAUGGGAUGAUACGCGUGAGGGUCAUGGUGGGGGAGGAGCGGUUAGAAGGGACGAUCGUCCUAGCCGUUGAUCUGAUUGGAUCAAAUCCAAAUAAAUCAAACAGAGAAACCAUGUACCGACAGUUCAUGCAGGACGAAGACAAGUCUCCCUACGAACCAACCCUGAGCGAUCUUAGAAGAGGCCUCUUUCAAAACCUACCGAGUCCUGUCAAAGACGUCAUCCUAUUGGUCAAGCAUUGGCGCAAGCGCCGCCUACGGCUCCGCGGCGACAAACCGGAAGUUCGCUUCUAUGAGCUGUUGGUGAUCCACUGCUGGGACGUGGCGGGAAAUCCCCGGAUGUUUAACAUGGCUACGGCCCUCAAGUCCGUUUUCAACUGUCUAAGUGAAUGGAAAGACAUCAGCAUUACUUGGGAGGGCAGUUCAAGUCUAGCGUACCAAAGGAAAAUAGCUGAGGGAAAACAUCGGGAAAUUCUGGCAAGGUCACGUGAUUAUGAUGGACCAAUAGCUCUCGACCCCAUCGACCCAAGAGUGGAGUACUGCGCAGGCGUCAAGACUCUCAUCUGGGACGAGAUCUCGCGUACGGCGAGAGAGAUGUUAAUGGAGCCACUCUUCAAGGGCCUUUCAAGUGAUUGCUCCAAGUGGAAUACGAAGUGAACUGUUAUGGGCAAGGCGCAAACUUUAGAACAUAAGAUAUUUAUUCAUAUAAUGCUACAAAAUAAUGACAAAAGUAUGUAGGCCUAGCUAAUCUGGUUUUACUAGCAUUGAAUAUUGUAGUGAAUAUAGAAUAUCGUAACAAGUUAUUAGUAAAUCUAUGGCAAGACAAGCUGUCACAGUUUGCACAAGGAUUAGUUUUGAGUCCGUCAAGUAAAAGAAAAUUAUGUUUAAAAACUUAUUGAAGUACACAAGUGCGCCCUUACCGUGCAGUCUGUCAGGGUGUUAUGUUGUUGGCAUUUUCACUGUCAUGAUAGUUGAGCGCCCUCUUGUGAGUCCUUCUGUACGCCUCGCGAACGGCAACAUGCAUUAUUUUUUUUUCACCACCGCUUUCAACAUUUAAAAAAGAAUUCAAGUACCUCAAACUAUUUAGCCCAUCCCUGAAAAACAAAGAAUAAAUAAACAGAUUCUUUUUAAAAUAGUCAUGAAAUGCUCGCCAGAAAAUGUUCCUCAGAUUUAAAAGUCUGUAAAGCUAUCCGUCCACACGUAUGCUUGAUGGAUGACUGUUUAUAUGUCUUUUAAUAACUGUCAAAUUUCAAGCUACCCAAAUGGAUUUUUCCAGCGAAGCCCAUGCGUGAGAACUCCGUAUUCGUUUAACCUCGUGGAGAUAUUUAGCACGCCAGUAAAACAAAUCUGGAAUUCUAUCAGGUAAUUUCCCGCCUACUGAUAGAUAUUUUGUGUGUCUUGUUUACCUUAUCGUCUGCUCGCUGUAAUUUAUUUGUCAAUGUAAUAUACGGGCGGGAAAGAUGGUUUCCAGCCAAUUAAAUGGGUUUUUUUCUGGGUUAGUAUAACAUUUUGUUUCGGACAGGUACAUGUAUUGGCAUGGUCAUAAUCUAAGCUUGCAUUCGCACGCAAGGGCAAAUUUGGCAAAUAUUGUUCAUCGAUCAAUUUGGUGAAUAUUGUAUAUUAAUUUUAUCUUGAUUAAUUUAUUAUUUCCUUAGACUUUUCAAUGCAAUUAAAAUGUCUGUAACGUGAUAUUCGG